CUUCUUCCUCUCUUCUUCCUCUCUUCUUCCUCUUCUUCUUCCUCUUCUUCUUCCUCUUCUUCUUCCUCUUCUUCUUCCUCUUCCUCCUCUUCCUCCUCUUCUGCCUCCUCCUCCCCAUCCCUCCCACUCUGGAUU